AUGUCCGAGUAUCAGGCUCGUAAGGCCCGGAUGUUGGAGCUGCAGCGAGAGAAGGAAGAAGAACUGAAAAGGGAAUUAGCAGCAAAGGCAGCGAGGGAGAAACAGCUGGCCAAAGAAGCUGAAGAGCUCCGAAAACGGCAAGAGGCAGCUGCCAAGGAGGCUCGUCGGAUUGAACUGAUGAGAGCGAACGAAGCGUUGAACAAGAAGGCCGAAGCUGGGCAGAAGAAGGAACUAGAGUAUGAUCCUUUCGCUGAAGAUGCUAAGCCUGUUUCUAUAGUGGUCAAGCCGUUAGCCAAACCCACUGCCCACGCCCACGCCCACGCCAAAGCCGGCCCUUCAUCAUCCAAACAAUCCGUACCCGGUCCAUCCUCGAAGCUACACACCACCACCACCAAUACCAUCUCGCGUAAUCAUGCUAAACAGAAGGCACAAUCGCAUUCGCCCCCUCCGCUAGGAAGAAAAGAGCGAGCAGCCAAAGCAUUCGCUCAAUCCGCCAAAAAGUCCGCUGGGGAUUCUUUAUUCUCUAUUAGAUCGUUGGUCGAAUCGAGAGAUCAACCUCACUCGCCUAGUGGUGGAAGCGGGGGUAUACCGAUAAACCGGACUUACUCUGCUGGUAAUUUAGGUUCUGGAUCAGGUUCGUCAUCGUCUUAUAAGGGAUCAUCAAGUAUAGCUGUGCAUGGUAUAGGGAUGAGUAAUGGCUUGAAAAGGGACCCCAACCAGAGUAGACAGAUACCUGGGAAACUACCUAAAUCGACUAGGGAACAAUUGAAUAGUCAAGCCAAGAUUGAUGGGUUGAGGAAAUUGUGUCCUGAUAGAGCUACAAGGGAUAGAAGGACGAUAGAAGAGAUUCAGAGGGAUAUAAAAGCGAAAAAGGGUGGGAGUGGGAGUGUAUCACCAUUACCGCCUUUACCUUCAUCGGCUGGUAAAGGAAAAGAAAGAUCACCGAUCAAAAUCAAUCCUACAUCAUCGACGUCAUUACCUAAAUCGCAUAUAUCAAAUUCAAACAAACCUCCGGCCAAAGAAAUUUCGAGACCACCCAAAAGACGACCCUCUCCCUCUUCUUCAGACUCCGAUUCAGAUUCGUCUAGUGAUUCUUCCCCACCUCGAAAAAAAUUUGACCCGUACUCUCGUCGAUCGCGUUCUCCACCUGUACGUCUCAACGAACAUUCAUCCCAUCUGGACAUAAGGGAUGAGAUACAGAAAUUGUUCAGAAGACCCGGUGCGUCCAACAGACCGACGUAUCGGGAUGAAUAUAGUGAUUCCGGGUCGGAUAUGGAGGCUGGAUUGAGCGAUGUAGAAGAAGAAGAGAGAAGGACGGCUAGGAUAGCAAGGAGGGAAGAUGAGUUGGCGGAAAGGGAGGAGAGAGAACAUAGGUUGGCGAAAUUGAAGAGAAAGAAAGAAAUUGAGAAAAAGGGUAAGGGAAAGUAA